AUGGGAAACUGGGUCGUGAACCACUGGUUUCCAGCUGUGGUGAUAGUAACCUGGUUGGGCCUGAAUGUUUUCCUGUUCGUAUAUUAUUUCCUGCUGUUUGACAGGGAUAAGAAGUUCUACUACACCAGAGUGCUACUUGGGUCUGCACUGGCAUGGGCCCGGGCCUCUGCAAAAUGCCUUAACUUUAACAGCAUGCUGAUCCUGUUACCAGUGUGUCGCAACCUGCUCUCCUUCCUGAGGGGCGCCUGCUCGUGUUGCAGGCGCACAAUGAGGAAGCAGCUGGAUCACAACCUCACCUUCCACAAGCUUGUGGCCUACGCGAUUGCCCUAUUCACAGCUGUUCACAUCAUUGCCCACCUGUGUAACUUUGAGUGGUACAAUGACAGCCAGCAAGCUGCGGAUAGGAGCCUCUCCUCCAUCCUCUCCGACCUGCACCAAGAUGAGGAGAGUAACAAGUGGCUAAACCCCAUCCACACCAACAGCACGACUCCAGCGUACGUAACAUUCACUACCAUCCCGGGCCUGACAGGCGUGAUCAUCACUGUGGCGCUGAUCCUCAUGGUCACCUCCUCCAUGGAGUUCAUCCGCAGGAGCUAUUUCGAGGUCUUCUGGUACACACACCAUCUCUUCGUCAUCUACUUCGCCGGCCUUGUCAUCCAUGGCAUCGCUGGUCUUGUUCGUGGGCAGACAGCAGAGAGCUUGAAUAAGCACAGCCCCGAGCACUGUGCGCAGGACCCUACACACUGGGGAAGAAACAACACGCUCUCCCACUGUGAAGAGCCCGAGUUUGGGAGCAUCCCAGCUGAGUCCUGGCAGUGGGUGCUGACCCCAAUCCUUCUCUAUGUCUUUGAGCGGGUCUUACGCUUUUGGCGUUCUCGACAGAGGGUCGUCAUCACAAAGGCUGUCGUGCACCCAUCAAAAGUGUUAGAACUACAGAUGCACAAGAAGGGCUUCAGCAUGGAAGUGGGCCAGUAUAUUUUCAUCAAUUGCCCCUCUAUCUCGCGCCUGGAGUGGCAUCCUUUCACCCUGACCUCUGCACCAGAAGAAGACUUCUUCUCUGUCCACAUCCGGGCAGCAGGGGACUGGACAGAGAAUCUUAUUGAUACCUUUCAGCAGCAGAAACCAAAGACACCCAGGAUAGAGGUGGAUGGCCCCUUUGGCACAGCCAGUGAAGAUGUGUUCCAGUAUGAGGUUGCUAUGCUGGUGGGAGCAGGGAUCGGGGUCACGCCCUUUGCCUCUGUACUGAAAUCAAUCUGGUACAAGUUCCAGCAUGCAGACCAGCGUCUCAAAACCAAAAAGAUCUACUUCUACUGGCUCUGCCGGGAUACAGGUGCGUUUGCCUGGUUCAAUGACCUGCUCGCCUCCCUGGAGCAAGAGAUGGAGGAAUCUGGCAAAACAGGUUUCCUGAACUACAGACUCUUCCUCACGGGCUGGGACCACAGCAUUGCUGGCCAAGCAGUUUUCAACUUUGAUAAAGACACGGAUGUGGUGACAGGUCUCAAACAGAAAACCUCCUUUGGGAGACCCAUGUGGAGCAAUGAGUUCUCUGCAGUGGCAACUGCCCACCCCAGGUCUGUAGUGGGGGUGUUCCUCUGUGGGCCUCAAGCUUUGGCAAAGAGUCUGCAGAAGUGCUGCCAUCAGUACUCCAGCCUGGAUCCUAGGAAGGUCAAAUUCUACUUCAACAAGGAGAACUUCUAAGCAGCAGGAACAUGGCGACUACACUGUGUGACACCACAACCUCCCAGAGAACAAUUAUCUGAUCCUCUACAGCUCCUUUUAAGACUGAAUCAA